CGAUGUGAGGAUGAGUCGCUCGACAGAUUGAUUGGUAAUGCCUGGGAUUUGAUUUCCCGCGAAUGAGACGCAAUUCCUCGCGCUCAAGACGCAUGGAUUAGUGCACAACAGGCAGCAAAACAGACGACUGAUACUGUUCCGAGCUGCAUCAUGGGAAUACACGGACUCGCCAAGUUGAUAGCAGACCAUGCCCCUGGAGCCAUCAAAGAGCAGGACAUCAAGAGUUACUUUGGCAGGAAGAUUGCCAUAGAUGCCUCCAUGUGUAUCUAUCAGUUCCUGAUUGCUGUGCGACAGGAUGGAAAUGUUCUACAGAAUGAGGACGGAGAGACCACGAGCCACUUGAUGGGAAUGUUCUACCGGACCAUCCGCAUGCUGGAGCAUGGCAUCAAGCCUGUGUAUGUGUUUGACGGCAAGCCCCCACAGCUCAAGUCAGCAGAGCUGGAGAAGAGAGGGGAAAGGAGGGCAGAGGCUGAGAAGCUACUUGCUCAAGCACAGGAAAUGGGAGAACAAGAGAACAUUGACAAGUUCUCCAAGCGCCUGGUUAAAGUCACCAAGCAGCAUAAUGAUGAGUGCAAGCAGCUGCUGACCCUGAUGGGAGUCCCCUACGUUGAGGCUCCAUGUGAGGCUGAGGCCAGCUGUGCCGCCCUGGUGAAAGCAGGGAAGGUCUUUGCCACAGCCACAGAGGACAUGGAUGGACUGACCUUUGGGACAAAUGUUCUGCUCAGACACCUCACCGCCAGUGAAGCAAAGAAACUUCCAAUCCAAGAGUUUCACUUCAGUCGAAUGCUGCAGGACAUCGGCCUGACCAAUGAGCAGUUCAUAGACCUCUGUAUUCUGCUGGGCUGUGACUACUGCGCCACUAUCAAAGGAAUCGGCCCCAAGAGAGCCAUCGACCUGAUCAAACAGCACGGCAGCAUCGAGGAGAUCCUGGAAAACAUUGACUCCAAGAAGCACCCUGCUCCAGAGGACUGGCUGUACAAAGAGGCCCGGGGUCUGUUUUUGAAGCCAGAGGUGGUUGAUUGUUCCACAUUGGAGCUGAAGUGGAGCGAGCCCGAUGAGGAGGGAUUGAUCCAGUUCAUGUGUAAUGAGAAACAGUUCAGUGAGGACAGGAUCCGCAACGGCUUUAAGAAGAUUUUGAAGAGCCGACAGGGCAGCACGCAGGGGCGACUGGACUCGUUCUUCACAGUCACUGGAUCCCUCUCCUCCAAACGGAAGGAACCUGAGAUUAAAGGGUCAGCCAAGAAGAAGCAGAAGACUGGAGCCACGCCUGGCAAAUUUAGGAAGGGGAAAUAGAUCCCUGCCUGCGUCUACCUUUGAUUUCCUCUGUAAAGUGAUGUCUGUAAAAAUGAAAACCUAAGAGAACAUAGAGCUGCCUGCAACGCAAGAGGAAGCUGCUGUGCAAUAAAACAAGAGGAAGCUGUGUUUCAUGAUUAACCUCACCUAGACUACUCCAUGUUUGUGACCAAACACCAUGAUGUAAGAACCAGAAACAGGACUGUUUUAAAGUGUGUUAACAAAUGUGAUAUAUCUGUUACAGAAUAAAACUAAGAAAUCUA